GAUGCACUCGUCCAGGACCUCGCUCCUACAUGUGACAAUACCGACAUCAUCUGCUCCAGCGACCCUUAAUCUCAUCUCUGUGUUUUUAUUUAUUUGCCAGAGUUUGUGUGUGUACAUGUGUGUGUCUGUGUGAGUGUGUGUGUGUGUGUGGAUUCUGUUCAUCUUUAACCUGCCAUCACUGUAGCCCCCCGCGUUGCGUUGGCGCUGCGGAUCUAGUCCACGAGAACAAGAGGCAGCUCACAGCCGCGGAGACAAGCGAAUCAAUUUAGGGGGGACGAGGAGAAAAGGAGAGACAGACAGCGAGGCUGGAGGAAGGAGAAGAAAAAAACGGACGAUCGGGGAGGAGAAGGAGGACGAGAGGAGAGGAGAGGAGAGAAAACAUCGAGCAUCGCGCCGCAAACAUUGAGUGAGAAGCACUUGCCUCCACAGAGACAACACAUUCAGGAGCAACCCCACCCCCACCCUCCCGAAUUUGAUUCAUCUGCAAAAGAUUGUCAUGGGAAUCGAAAAAAUGACACGUUGAAAGUUGUUUGUAAAAGAUUUGUCAAAGAAGCAUGAGCAAAGUAAAAUAAGAAUCUGUAAAUGAUAGAUUUAAUAUUUUAAUAUUACAUCACAUUGUGUUCUGUGACUGUUUAAAGGAGGAAAUAACUGUAUAAGAGGAUCAAAUAUGGACAUCAAGAUAAGCACUUAAAUUCCCUCAUUUGGAGGUGACUUAACAUUAUUGCAAUAGGGGUGGGUCAUGACUCAGUUGCCAUGCGUGUUGUCACGGUGACCAGCCCCUGUGCCCCUUCCCCCCUCCUCUGGUUGGUCCAGCUUUUGUUGUGGUUUCACAACCAUGGACCUCAACUCGCAGAGGCGGCGCCCCCCUGCCCCACCCCGUGCACCUGCUCCAAUCAGGCGAGCCGUGUCAUCUGUACAAGGAAGAGUUUAGAUCAAGUCCCAGAGAGUAUUUCAGAAAACACAAGAUACCUCAAUCUACAAGAAAACACCAUUCAGGUGAUCAAGUCUGACACUUUUAAGCACCUGCGGCAUUUGGAAAUCCUCCAGCUCUCCAAGAACCACAUCCGACAGAUUGAGGUGGGAGCUUUCAAUGGCCUCCCCAACCUCAACACGCUGGAGCUUUUUGACAACCGUCUCACAGUUGUACCAUCACAAGCCUUCGAGUACCUCAGCAAGCUAAAGGAACUAUGGCUACGAAACAACCCCAUCGAGACGCUGCCGGCAUUUGCCUUUCAUCGUGUUCCCUCUUUACGCCGUCUCGAUCUCGGGGAACUCAGGAAGCUGGAUUUCAUCUCAGAGGCUGCCUUUGAAGGUUUAGUAAAUUUACGCUUCUUGAAUCUUGGCAUGUGCGGCUUGAAGGACAUCCCUAACCUCACCCCACUAUUACGACUAGAGGAAUUGGAGCUGUCUGGGAACCAGCUGGGUAUAGUUCGGCCUGGAUCCUUUCAAGGCCUAGCAUCACUUCGCAAGCUGUGGCUAAUGCACUCCAGAGUGUCAGUCAUCGAACGCAAUGCAUUCGAUGACCUCAAAAACCUGGAGGAGCUAAACCUCUCCCACAAUUCCCUGCAUUCCCUGCCUCAUGACCUCUUCACCCCUUUGCACCCACUGGAGAGGGUACAUCUCAACCACAACCCUUGGGUAUGCAACUGUGAUGUUCUUUGGCUCAGCUGGUGGCUGAAAGAAACAGUUCCCAGCAACACCACAUGUUGUGCUCGCUGCCAUGCGCCUCCAGGUCUAAAGGGCAAGUACAUUGGGGAACUAGACCAGAGCCACUUUACCUGCUAUGCCCCAGUGAUCGUUGAGCCACCCACUGACCUCAAUGUCACAGAGGGCAUGGCUGCUGAGCUGAAAUGUCGUACUGGAACAUCAAUGACCUCUGUGAACUGGUUCACUCCAAAUGGCACUCUGAUGACCCAUGGAUCGUACCGAGUUAGGAUCUCAGUGCUUCAUGACGGAACGCUGAACUUCACAAAUGUGACCGUGCAAGACACCGGGCAGUACACUUGCAUGGUAACCAACUCUGCUGGAAACACCACUGCAACCGCUGUGCUCAAUGUGUCUGUGUCAGAUCCCAGCAACAGCUACAGUUAUUUCACUACUGUCACUGUGGAAACAGUAGAGACAGUAAGAGGAGAGGAGGAAAACUCGGCAAGACAGUAUAUUAAUGAGACCUUCAUAGGUUUCCCAAAUCCUACUGUUCAAAGAGGGGUGGUAGAGGGGAGACCUGGCACCACUAUACCUCCCUCGCCUUUCUCUCCAUCCUCACUGUCCCCACGAGAUAACAGAGUUCCUGAAAACUCAGUGACUGUGUCCAUAAUGGAUGUAACUAACAUUCCAGGCCUGGAUGAUGUUAUGAAAACAACUAAAAUCAUCAUUGGUUGCUUCGUGGCUAUCACUUUUAUGGCAGCGGUAAUGUUAGUGGUCUUCUAUAAACUCCGGAAGCAACACCAGCUACAUAAGCACCAUGGCCCCGCUAGAGCCAUUGAAAUUGUCAACGUAGAAGAUGAGAUUGGAGCUGGGGCAGGAAGUGGCAUCUCAGGUGGUUCAACGAUGAAUUCUGGCGUGGGUGGAGAAGGAACCCUGAGGAUACAUCAUCCUGAAAUAGUCAACCUCCCCAACAUUGGCCGUACAGAUACUCUCAACCAUUACUACAAGACCCAUCAUUUCAACAACAACGUGAUGGGUCUCAGUAUUGGCGGUGAAGGGAUGGGACCAGGAGGGAUCAUGAGUAGCAAGAACCUGCAAGGCCAGGAUAUCCCCAUCUCCUGUACCUCAGUCCCAAUCUCUACAUCUAAUAUGCUCAGCUCAUCAGGCAAUGGCACCAAUCCCAAUUCUAUGUCCCCACCGAUGCCGAUGUCUCUCCCCAUGCCUACUAUGGGCUUACAUGGAUCAAUCAAGGGUUUCAUGGGCCAAAACCAGAAUCCUCAAAUGGAGCCUCUUCUCUUCAAGGGCAACUCGAAGGAAAAUGUUCAAGAGACUCAGAUCUAAAAAACAAAAGCAAGGAGUAUAGAGAGAGAGUGAGCAAGAGUCGGAGACAGAGAGGGGAUUGAUGUUGAGUUUAUGCACGGAAUGAUUAGACACUAAGAGUGCAUUGACGUUACACCAGGAGAGAGGAUAGACUGACACUGCAAUACAGAAACACAUAGACUUAUUCAUGACAGUGUACUGAACCAAGGAUUACCACAAUGUGUUUGUAGUAACGAUCAUGGCCAUGGAGAUCAAGGAAUGGACAUUGCUACAAUGUAAAUCUGUGCCAAAGCAAAUGUUUUUUGCAGUUUCUACAAGCUGUGUCCUCGUAGGGAAAAACUAGCCUUUCUGAGUAAUCAGUCCCCAAAUCGUUGUUGGCCAGCAGAGAUGAAAGACAUGCACAGCACUUACCACACUGAAGAUCGGAGAUAUUACAGAAAAAAAAAAAUUCGAAGAGACAUUUUUCUUCCACACAAAACGCAAGCCACACUCUCUCUCAAGUGACUCAAUAGACUCCCUCAAGGUGAAAAUUAUGUAGGCAUAAAUAGAUGGACAAAAAGGUACAGUGCAGUACAAACUACUGUGAAAAAUCCACAAAUUAUAUAAAUAUAUUUUCAUUUAAAUAUGUAUCAUUGCAGACUCCGAUGCAGAGAUAUUUUGGGGUGGAUGUAUAAGCUGGUAUAGUUUGUUUCUUUGUGAAUAAUCAGGGGUGGCGAUAGCGAUGGUUGGUUAUGAUACAUGUUUUAAGUUUGGCUACUUCUCAGAAACAUAAGGGCUCAAUUGCAACACUCAUUGUGAAUCUUUGAAUUGGCUUUGUGACAUAAAGUCCAUUUAGGUUGUAGAACAGUAAAUGCAGAUCUCUGUUUGACAAACUUUUGUCUGUUGCUUCAGUAAUAAUCAUUACAAACUUUUGUGUUCUAAGAGUGUAUUAUGUAUUUUGUAAAAGCCAGCUACUUGGUAUUUGAAUUUGAAGAUUCUGAUACUUAAAUGCCAGCAUCAAAUAAUGGUAAAAUUAUGUUCCGCAAAACAUGGAAAGGUAACUCGAUGCAAAGUUCUGUAUGGAUAAAAAUAAAAGUGUUGACAAUGUGUUAUUUAAAUCAGAUCAGUAGCCAGAUAUUUGCUUUUAGACAGGAAUUUGAUAUGACCUCCUUGCUCAUGGUUACCAUAAUCAUGCCAUAAAAUGCUGUCAUAGGGAUGAUCAGACAUCUAUCUACAGCAGCAUUGAAGAAGGGAUUAAAACAUCCAUCUUUGGAUGAUUGGAAUGAAUGGAAAUGUACAGUAUAUUAAUAAUAAUAAUGUCUGGUUGUAUGACAAUUGUAAGAUCCACAUUUUUACAGUGUAACUUUCAUAUGUUAAAUGCCAUUUACGCUUCUUGCGUUUAAACUAUGUAUUUCUUUAUUUUUGUUAGUUUGAUAUACUGUGUACAGUUGUCUAGCCAUGUAUCAUUACGUGUGAAAUAAAUCAAUCAUAUAUUGGGUUGUGCCGGGUCAAUGUGGCAACCACAUGAGUAAAGAGUGAGACAUUAUGCAGGCCUCUGUACUAAACCUGGAUUGAAUGUAUGGUUUGUGGUUUAGCCAUUAGUCACCCUGGUAAUGACAGGUGCCAUCUGCUCUACUAACAUGUCCAGACAGGCUUUUAGUCACUCUCCUAUAGUUGCUCUGGUUUUGCUAAAUUAGUGUUUUUGAAGAACUAGAUGAUGUUAUUCCUAAUGAAGGUGCUUUUGUCUGAAGUUAGCCCUCGAUGUGCUUCUCCAUGGCAAUUCUUUAACACAUGCUUUUGAAAUGUGAAGUAAAAAAAGAAAUCCAUUGAAUAAAUCACCUUUCUUUGGGAUGACAGACUGUAUUUAUCAAGCAGGAGCCUAAAAUGUUUGUUGCAAUUGAGCACAAACUGGACAACACCAGUUAUUUUUAGAUAUAUGUACCUGAGAUAGUAUUAUCAGCAAAAUCACAUCGACAAUGUUUUUGACUGUAAUGCAGCUCUGUAUGUGAUUCUGCUGUGUUUUUGUUCUUUUGGUUCUUCUUUAAUUUGCACCCCCUCCCUCAGAGGUGUAGUGGGUCUCUCUCUCUCUAUAUAUGAGCUGUUUUCCGUGAUGGUUUUGCUUAUCAAGUUAACUCUUAAUGGGAGAAAAGAAAACACUGAAGAAUGGUAAUAAUGAUGUUAAUGGUGUGAGUGAUGAUAUCAGAGAAACUCCACACAGAUUGCGUUGUCGCAGAGGUUAAUCCAUGAAAGGAACAUCUUCUGCAUCAAUGCACGGCACGUUGAUCCUGAUUAACGAUAAACAUCUAAGACAUCUUUUGAAAUACGCCUGUUACAAUGUAAAUGGAUAACUCAGCUUGUCCAAACUGCAGCCACGCACUUUCCUCAACUUGUAGUUUUCAAGUGUGGAUCUCAUUCGAAUCCAUAGUAAAAUGUAAAUGUGCUGCGACCCGACCAGCAGAUCUGGUGGGCAGGGUUCAACUGUAGCCCCACUGAGACACAAAUAGAAUAUAAAUGAAGGCUAAAGACACAACAUAUGGCCGUUCCCUUGAUGUGCUACAUGUGGUGGCUCUGUCAUCAGAUUUCAAAGAGCAUAUUCGAUACCUCCUUGUGCGCUGCGUGUGAGGUUUUCUGCAUCUCAGUCGCGGCACAAGAUCUUUUCUUAAUGCUACUGCUGCUGCUGCUGCAAUGUUUUAUCAUGCUGGUGACUCACCUAAUCAGCACAGAAAUGUUCCUUUCAUACCUCUGGACAUCCAUAACAUGCACCGUGCACAGUUAUCAUCAUUAUUAUUAUUGUUAUAAACAUUCAGAGGAAAUGCAGGAGGGCUUUGUUGCAUCUUAGUAAAGUGGCUGCCAUUGUACAUACACAGUACUUGAAGCGAUAAAACAGGAGGCUCAUUCUAGGAAUGCUAACAAACAUGUGACACCUUUUUAAUGAAGAUCGCAAACUUGAGACUGGAAUCUGAAUAUCCGCAGACAAGGCAAAUGUGUCUCACUGUAUAUUAUGGUGGCGAAUUGAUGCAGUCUGGCCACAGAUGGAGUACUGCCAUACACAUGUAUCCUCUGCACCAAACCUCGCUUACAAUAGAUGCUUCAGCCCAGAUGACAUUUCUUGGUUUUGUUCGGAAGCAAAACUCCUUAAUGAAAUGGAUUAAAUUGCAAGACGAGAAAAUGGACUGACCUUUUGGUCCUUUAAAGGUAAGCUGUUCUGUUUGAUAAAUAUAUAUAUAUAUAUAUAUAAAGAAAACCUGGGUCUGUUUUGAAAGAUUUUUAAAAAGAACGAAGUGUUAAGAUCUAGAAAAUUUAGAUUUCUUUAAUAUAAAAAAGGAAAAAAAAUGUCAUUUUGUGUUGUUAUUCUUUUCUUUUUUCUUUUACAGUUGUUGGUUGUAUCUCAGUAUGUGAUAUUAUCAAUUUGGGGUCUUUAUGUAAUGUCAUUAAAUGUCAUUUUUUCCCACGUAUCCAUCCAGGUACACAAUGUGGCAGCAAAGUGUAUUUCUUCAAUUAUAGCAAAAAUCAACAUGUGCUUCUCUCGCACUUCAAUGACUGUCAUACAAUGACUGAGAGGUAUAUUAUUUUACUGUUUGCUACUUCUGUGAUUUAAUUUUCCACCCACUGUAAGGCGUUACUCUGCUAUUAGAAACAUACACCAC